ACCCUAUCCCGCUUUAGGCUUCAGAAGAGAAGGGAUUUAACCGACCGCCGCUUCCAGGCAGCUGAAUUCAGUUUAGCUGCUCAGUUGCCCGGCGGCGGCGGCGGCAGAAGAAAGCGGAGGGAGAAAAAAAGUACGAGAAGGCAACGACUCGCCAUCGCAGCUCCCCGGUCAAUUGCGGGCAGUGCUCUCGGGUCGCAGAGCCGCCGGAGGCAUGGAUGUAGCGGUGGACUUGUACGUGGCAGUCCCGCUGCUUUUCACGGUCCUGGCUGUUAUUCUAGCGUCGGUCUUUGUCAAGCUGAGGUCCUCGGAAGAGGACAAAGCUACGGAGCCAGCAGCAGCAGCAGCAGCAGUAAAAGAAGAAGGGGAGGCCAAGGCGAGCUCUGCUGCGGUAGACCGGACGGACGGCCAAGGCCUCCAGAAGGACGGUAGGGAAUCGGAGGCGGCCGCAGCGGAAUCUCGGAAGGAGAAAGGAGAGGAGGAGGAGGAGGCGGUAAUAAGCAGAGAAGCUGGAAGGGACGCCGUGGAGGAAAUAGGGGCCGAAGAGGGGACGAACGGAGAAAAGGAAGAAGAGCUUCGGGAGAAGGGCAAAGGGGAGGAGGAGGUCGAGGACGAAGCUGCCCCGCAGGCGUUGAAAGCAGAACAGCGGAGUCACGUUCAAGAAGAGCGGAAGGUGUCCGGUCAGGCGGAGAGGGACGCGGUCGCCGCUGCUCCGGUGGCUUUAGAAGAGCAGGAGGAGGAAGAAGAGGACGAUGACGACGAAGACGAGGAGGAGGUGAGCAAGGAGGAAGAUCAAGAAUCAGAAAAUGAGAAGCUAGUGGUAAAGGAACCUGAAGAUGCAGAUGAAAAGUUCCCCUUUAAAUAUAGUCCUGGCAAACUGAGAGGAAACCAGUAUAAAACAAUGAUGACCAAAGACGAACUUGAAGAGGAACAAAGGAUUGAGCUGACCUCUGACCUCACCUCCCUCUAGCAAGUACCUUAGGUCCUCGGCCACAAACAUUUCUUGCAAAUCUUUUUGAACUGAAGACUAUAUGAAGUUAUCCUUAGACUCUUCCUAAGACUUAUCUUUUGGCAUUUUAUGAGGAAAAAUAAAAGGGCCAAACCCCAAACACAACCGAAAAGUAUCCCUCAAAAUAUAAGACUUUCUGUUUGGCUGAAGCCGAGUUCCUCAGAUUCAUUCCUUGUAAUAUCAAGAUUGGAACAAGUUGGGGUGUCUGGUCUGGAGAAUUAUAUGGCUAGAGAAAAUAACAGACUACAUUGUGAGGGUUCUGUUCUUGGAUGUAAAGUAACACCUCUGGGGGAAUAAAACAAGCAGAUUUUGUUGUGUUCGGUACUCCAUAUCUGCAGCCUCCCCCAAACAAAAGAAAAAGAAAAAAAGAUUAACUAGAUAACCUGGACAACAGUGAUCAGUUAUUGUACAAUGGACCUGUUUUCUGUCUGGAUGGUAGAACAAGCUAGAGUUGACCCCUUUUCACCUCUCUGUCCUGGACCAAAAAACCUUCUAGAUAAAUUUGAAGACAGAGCUGUAAUAUAUUAACUCUUCUGAAGGUUCCUUCCACCCACAGAUGGAAGGCUGGUUGCAUGAUACAGACUCUGGCCUCUUGGAAAUGAAACAGUAUUUCAUCUUGGACAGAAGGAAGUCCUGAGAAACAAUAAAGAUUUACCCUAUAAUCCUAUAUCAUAUACACAUAAGUUUAGAAGUUUGUCCUACUGAAUUUAGUGGGGUAUACUCCUAAAUAAGAGUAUAGGAGUGCAGUCUUAGUAUAAUAAUUUGUGACUAAUUUUAAUUACAAUGAUUAAAAGCACUUCAUUUGCUAAUUCUUUUGUUUACUUGACAUUUCAAGCCUGUUCCCAAGAAUGGAAUCUGAAAAUGUGAGCUAUGGAUUGUAAAAUGCCCCUUUGGUUACCAAUUUUACAUUUCCUAAACAAGAUUAAAGAUACAUCAUUUUUUUGUGUUGUGUCACUAUUCUGUCAUGACAUCAAUUUUGAUGUUUUACUGAUAAUCACUUCCUGUUUGAUAGAUUGGAUUUUUUUUUAAAUGUUGCUCUCCUAUAUUUUGAGGGAAAGCUUCAUAAUCCAUUCCCAGUUACUUUCUGAAACAAAAUCGUAAUUAUUUGGAAAUACUUGAAAUUAUUUAGUCAAUCAUUCUUUGGGACACAUAGGUUUAAGAACUGUUUUCCUCUAGACUAAUUCCCUCUCCCCCCUCCCCAGGCUUAUUUAAGGAACAGUAGGAAGCUUUGACAUAAUUAUUUUUUAAAUGGUAAGCUUCCAUUUCUAUAUCUUUUUUCACUAAUAUAGUAUAGUUUGCAACCCAAUCUCAUUCAUAUAAGGACACUCUGCUUUGAGAUAUUUGUUAGCAACCACUUCGCCUCCAAUUCACAUUGAUAGACUCCGUGUUCAAAACACCAUUAACUAUGCAAAGAAUGCCUUAUAUACAAUAUAAUCUUUCAGUAUGCAGCAAUACAUAUAUAAGGAAAAAGCCUACUGGCAAUGAGCAAAGCUAUCUCUUCAACAAUGACAAAUAAUGCUGUCUGAGUUGGGGGGGGGGUUGUUUUUUGUUUUUUUUUCUAAAUAUGAAGGUAGAUCUUGUAUAAAGGAUUAUAUAAUUUCUAGCAGUUUCAAAAUGUAUAUUGCCAUUUUUCAGUUCAAUAAACAUUUAAAUAGUU